AUGUCUGUCAGGGACAACAUUCUAUUCGGAAAGUCACUGGAUGUUGUUCGCUACGAGCGCGUGUUGCACGCCUGCGAUCUUCUGAAUGACUUGAGUCGCUUUCCAGCAGGAGACCUCACUGAAAUCGGAGAAAAGGGAAGCAUAGAGUUGUUCUUCUGCAUGGUGAGGGUAUGUGGACCAUGGGUUGCAUUGAGCACGUUGGGCUUUACCCUACGAGCCGCGGCAGUCGGAACCUAUCUGGUCUGGAUCAAGCGUUGGACUAUGGAGAGCACGCGCAACGAGACCAAACCGGAGUGGGUCAUUGGCCUGGCAGUGCUCUGUCUCUCAGAUGUGUUCUUCGGGUGGCUAGGCGCUUUCAUGUUGGCUGUGUGCUGUCGAAAUCUGUCCAACCGUUUGCACGACGCUAUGAUUCGGAGCGUGCUGCGGAGUCCCGUGCACUUCUUCGACGCCACACCGAGAGGCCGUGUGCUGAACCGCUUCUCGGCUGACAUAGACAACAUUGAGAACCGCUUCUUCCUUGCCGCCAAGCAGGUCCUAGAGACGUUUGCCGUAGGCGUCGCCAGGAUUGCCGUGACAGCUCUCCAGACGCCAGCUGCUGGUCUUGUGGGUGGCUCGACUACUGCCAUUUUUAUUUUAUUAGUGGUAUGUGUCUACUUUAAAAUGCACCUUUGA